UGGUCGGAGCAAAGUCGCGACGAACAGUGGCGCCGACUCGAUGGCUCCGUCUCGUACACCCACAAACUGUCUGACACGCUGACAGUGUGAGAAAGAGGGACACGUCAGCGCGCGAUGCCAUGGCCAACGGAGACGAGGCGGAUUUGAUGGCCUCUUACGACUACUGCGGCCCGUGGCCGCAGCCGGCCUACGAGUACUACUACCCCGGGCCUAUGACUGUGCCGAUGGUUCCGACUGCAGGACGUGCCUCGCAGCCCCCGAUUCCGAUGCCCGUGCAGGUGCCCGUCGGACACGUCAUCCACCAGAUAAUGGACGAGUCCGGACAACUGAGACAGGUCAUCCUCAGCCCGCAGCGCACGCACGAACAACGACAGCCAGCACCAAACGAGUACUACCACACGUACUACACUAUGGUGCCGCCGAGCGUGACCAUCCCUCAAACCGCACCCCCAGUGCUGCGCUCCGACGACCGCAGCAGGGUGCAGCGGGACAAAAUGAAACGGCGGCUGGAGCAGCGACAAGGAGGCCCAUCUACCACUCCAGCCCCGUCACCGUCAAAGAAGCCUCCCCCGAGAAAAUCAAAGGAAGCGGCGUCGUCGUCGUCAUCCACACCGCCAGCUUCCCCCGCCUCUCCGGGAUUGCAGCUGAACGUCUGCGAAGUAUCGCAGACGGCAGCCAACCUGAGCUGGGCGGCCACGGGCUCGGCCAAUGUCAGCGGCAGCGAGGACAGCGGCCUGGCGGAGCCGCCGCCCCCGGAGGCCACCACCAUGUACCAACUGAGCAUUGGGAAGAAGGGCAAAGAGCAAAAAAUUUUAUAUUUCGGCACCGAUCGUUCGUUCCAACUGGACAACCUGCAGCCUGGCACAGAGUAUAGCAUUAGAUUGGCGGCUGUUUUGGCAGGGGAAGGCGGCUCUGCGUCUAGCACGGCUUACACGUCCUUUACAACCUUGCCAUCCUCCCCUUCGACUCCUUCACCGCCUCGUCUUGUUGGAAGGACGAAAACAUCAUUGACCUUGAAGUGGUCAAGUUGUCCUAAUGGCGGUUCUCCUCUCACAGCUUACAUUCUUGAGUUGUCUGAUUCAGACGGGCAGUGGCAGCAAAUUUACAAAGGCCGGGAAAAGCAAUUCACAGUCUCUAAACUUCUGGCUGGUGCAUCCUAUAGCUUUAGGCUGGCAGCUGCAAACGCGUUUGGCGAAAGUCCUUUCUGCCCGCCAGUCACCUUCCACACGCAAGAACCAUUGCCACCCACCCCGGCGCCUCCCAGGCUCGCGUCGCAGGCCUUGGCGGACCGGCUCUUGCUUGAGUGGGACCCUGCCGAGAUCGUGGACGCGUACAAACUGGAGCAGGCGGAGGAGCUGGCGCCGAACGGACCAGCUCCCGCUUUCUUCUUGGUCUACCACGGUCCCGACUGCAGGUUCGAGAGUCAGAACUUGCAGCCGGCAUCUGCGUACCUGUAUCGGCUGAAGGUAGAGGCUAACGGCCAGUGCUCGCAGCCCUCUGUCGCCGCCCGUCAUGUGACGACUCCCGCGCCACCCUUUGCCCCUGCUCGGCCGCAACUGAGGGGUCGACCGCAGGCGCACAGCGUUCGUCUUGGGUGGGCACAGCCCCUGCACACUGGGGGAGCCCCCAUUCUUGCCUAUCAGCUCCAAAUCGACAUGGGACAAGGUUUCCAAGACGUGUGGAGUGGUCAAGGUUGUGAAACAGUGAUCAAUGAAUUGGCCCCUGGCCGCUUGUAUCAAGCCCGAGUGGCGGCUAUCAACUCGGCCGGCAUAAGCAAUUUCUCUGAGGUGGCGCAAUUUAAUACGGCAGCGGCCCCACCGGGACUCCCAGUGUGGACGCGGAAGCAGCAGCCACCUUCCACUCACGCAGUCACACUCCACUGGGACCCCCCUGCCGCGGACGGAGGCGCCCCUGUGCACCACUUUGAGGUCGAGGUGGCCGACGCGCAUUCCAGACGCCCCGCCUACCAGGGCGCCGAACCCUUCUGCGUCGUCAGUGGCCUGCAAGCGGCCACCCUGUACCACUUCUUCGUACGGGCCGCCAAUAUGGCCGGCCUGGGACCCUGGUCCCCUGAGUUGACCUUGCAAACCGCUGUGGCGCCUCCAGCUGUUCCAGAGCCACCUUCAGUCGAGGUUUCUGAAGAUGGUGUUGCCGAGUUUUCGUGGCCGCCACUCUCCACGGCCACUUCCUACGGCCUCCAACUGGCUCUCCUUGAGGAACCCUCUGCUGAGCCGCAAUACAAGCAGGAGUAUUCUGGGCCGGAUAGCAACUGUCAGGUUGCCAAUCUGGCCCCAGGGUCCACCUACCUGGCCCGCUUGCAGGGCUCCAAUGCGUCAGGAGCAGGUUCGUUCUCGACGCCGGUCGUGUUCUGCACGCCUGUUUCCGUUCCUGGGGCAGUGCCACACGCGCCCCACUGUGUUUCCCUUAAGUCAGACGGCUUGUCAGCCCAUCUGGUUGUGAGUUUUGAGCAGCCUGUCCACUGGGGAGGCGACUCCCACGGGCCUCUCUCCUAUCAGCUGGAGACUGUCCCCUCCAAUCCUGAGCAAGCGCCCUUCCAUGUCAAUACAGAUGAACUCACAGUCGAGCUCGACUUGCAACUAGAAAGCACCUAUAGGUUGAGGGUUCGUGCAGUAAACAUCAAGGGCCCUGGCCCUUCUUCCCCCGCUCUCAGAGUAACUACUCCCCCACCACCCCCGCCAGCCCCUUCACUCUCUCUUAUAGCUGCACAGCCCAGGGCCCUGCGACUGGGGUGGGAGGUUGUUGAAGGCACCACUGUCAUCCUUGAGAUGAGGCUCUCUGAGGCGCAUAAGUUCCACACCGUUUUCCAAGGACGUGAAAAUCGACACAAGGUUACAAACCUGAAGAAGAAUACAGAGUACCAAUUCCGAACAAUUGCUGUGGGGCCUGGAGGCCAGAGUGAUCCCAGUGAAGUCUUUAUUUUCCGCACCAAGCCAGAGCCGAUCUGUUUGCCGACCAACCUUAAGUUCAGCGAGACCUCAAGCAGCAGCGUUCUUGCUACUUGGCAAGCGCCAGCUGAUCAUAAAAGUCGUCUCCAGUCAAGCAGCAGUAGGCAUGGCCCAUUUACUGUGGUGUAUGAAGGCUACGAGUGCCAGUACGAGUUGCGAGACCUGACGCCCAACACAGAGUACUGGAUCCGCGCCUCGUUGGUGCACAACGGCGAGGAGGGGGCGUGGACGACGCCUACCGUUGCGUGCAUCGUAGUUAAAGCGGCUGCUGAAGCUGUGAGCCGACCGGCACAGGCGGCCAGCACGCCUGCCGUUGAGCGACGCCAGCGGCCGCGGGCGCUGAGUGAAGAGCAGAAGAAGGCGGCCAUCGUGGCCGUCUUCCUCUUCCUGUCGGUGGUGCUGGCCGUUUUUUUGGCACGCACAGUGACCAUGUGAUUUUCUCCUGCUGCAUUUAUUACCAAAGCCGUCUGUGACGUGCGCGCUGCUUCUCUUUCAAGCACGCGCGCGCAUAAAUUUCACUUGAUUUUUUUUCAUCGCGCCUCUUUCGUUGAUAAGUUACAACAAAAAUUAUUAAAAUCUAAAGUAACAAUGUUGAUGUAUUGAUAUAUCGCCUAAGUGUCUUCCAGCAAUUUUAUCGCAUCUAAUCCAAAUCCAUUAUACAUCCGUGGGAAUGAUGAGAAAAGUUAUAUUGUACACAGCUACACAAAAUAUUAUAUUAUAUGAAUAUUACAAAAUAUAUACUAUAUAUUUGAAAUAAA